AUGAACGAGGAAUUAUACAAGGCCUACGCUGGAGAAAUCCUGGAGGAGGAAGAUUCAUUUCGCCUCAUUUCUCUUCAACCUGGCGACCCCGAUGAACCAUUGAUCCUACGUCUUAUCAACACUAGACUUCAGGAACCUCAACCUUACGAAGCCGUUUCUUAUGUUUGGGGAGACGCAUCACGCCAGGUACUGGUACGAGUUGUUGAUAAGAAUGGCGAAGAAAUCACGAUGGGCGUCACACCCAACUGUUACGCUGCGCUCCAACGACUGCGAAAGAAGGAUUCCGCUCGAACCUUGUGGAUUGAUUCCAUCUGUAUCAACCAGUCGUUGAAUGCGGAAAAGAAUCAUCAGUUGAUCCUCAUGUCACGCAUCUAUCAGGAAGCAACUCGAGUUGUUGUCUAUCUUGGCGAGGGCACCAGCGACACGGACGCCGCCAUGAAGUACAUUGGUGAGGUUGACGAUCCUUCCGACUACGGAACUGGCGACUGGGACCUGCCGUCGGCGAUUUGCGAUAAAUCUUCAUUGGAUGUUUUCUUCGAACGACCUUGGUUUCACCGUGUCUGGGUGUUACAAGAGAUUACAUUUGCAAAACAAGCCAUCGUCAUUUGUGGGAGUCAACAACUAGAUUGGCAAAGUUUCCUGACGUUCUAUCAAUGGAACAUAAUGAACCGGACUGUUGAUAAGCUUCCAUACUCGGUCCAGUACUCAACAUCGCCCGUUUCGGAGCACGGUGGGUGGAUUUGGUAUGUGGAACGACUCCUCAGGAUGCUCAGGGACACAAGACACUGCGGCGCGACCGAUCCGAGGGAUAAGCUGUAUGCCAUUAUUCCUCUGCUGAACCGAGAUCACGACCAAUUGUCUGUGGAGAUAGGCGAGGCGAUGGAGAACUGGGAAUGUGACAAUGAGGAUGAAGUCCAAGACAUGCAAGCACGCCGAAAGAGGAUUCAGAUUCCAGUCGAUUACGGCCUUUCUGAAAAGGCCGUCUUCACAGACCUUGCCGUUUUACUCCUACAGACUGUCGGUUUGGAUACCCUCAAAAGCGUCAUCAAGCAGCCGCAAAUACCUGGCCUUCCCUCUUGGGUCCCCGACUGGAGCACUGUCGAUUCGAACUGGUCUUCACAAAACCCACCGAGGGAGAUGGGCUAUGCUGCUGGGUUUGACAGAGAGCCUGACAACCUUUUUGGUCGAUCAAGAUACAGACCCGAACGACUCCAGACUUGGACUGUCUCGGAAUAUUCAUCUGCAUCGGGGGAUAUUUCGGCGCAACUUCACCUCGAUGUGGUCCAGGUCGGCCAGAUAACGACGCUUGGCGAUGUCUGUGACAUUGGAAACAAUGUGUUUCCGCUUGCUCAGUGGGAGAGCCUUGUACCAAGCAAGGAAUACCUCAAGAACAGGAGCCCUCCAACGAACCUCUCAACCCAGGAGAUGGUGGACUGGCACAAUGGACCCAUAGGACUCUCACCGUUCGUCAGAACAGUUUCUGGAGAAGACGUAGUCUACCCCAGAGUUGCCGACGAGGCCGUCGAAUUCAUCAAGUUAUACGGUGCCGAAAACAUGACAAAGGAGGAGGAGGAAGCAAAAAAGGAUAAUAUAUUUUGGAAGGAAAGUCAUGAGAAGGAUCACCUCCCACUCGUCGAAAUUUUCAAAAAAGGUUCCAGCUACCAAACACAGGCUAAUUUCAUCCUCCGCAUGUGCGAUGGGAAGAGAUUCUUUGUGACCGACACUGGGUUCAUAGGACUUGCCCCCGAGCGAGCCCAAGUCGGUGACGUGGUUUAUGUCGUCAAGGGAGCUUCUGUCCCUUUUGUUUUUCGAUCCAUUUCUUCAAAAGGGACAGAUGCGGGUUGUGAGGGUGAAGCUGAGGGGGAAGACAAGGCCCCAUACUUUGAGCUGGUGGGCGAAUCUUUUGCGUUUGGAGUCAUGACGGGUAAUGUAUGGCCUGAUGUGGCGAAGGGGACCGAGAAGGUUGAGAAGAUCAUUAUUCGAUAG